AUGAAGAAAAAUAAAAUACAAAAUCAAGAGGUGUUAGAUAUUUUUAGGAAUAAUGAGGAGAAUGAGGAAGAGGAGGAGAAGACUUCAUACAAGAACAUUAUUCAAGAACAUGCAUGUGAAGAAAAAGUUUUACCCAAGCAAAAGACUUAUCUUUUCAUUGAUCUAUUUAAAACAUCGUUCAUUGCAUUAAUCACACUUAAUAUUUGCUUUGGCUGGAUGGUCUGCAGUAUGCUAUACUAUGGUGUAUCUCUUAAUUCAGUUGAUAUGGCUGGAAACCGCUACUUAAACUUCCUGUUAAUGCAUGUCGUGGAGUUCCCCAGUAUGGUAACUUCUUACUAUUUGUGUAAACGCUUUGGUCAUCGAAAACCGACUACGUUUUGUAUGAUGUUUAGUGGAUUAAAUUGCAUUGUGUCAAAUUUUGUAACCAAAGGUUCAUUCUGGUUUCCUCUGAUCCUGGUUAUUCUGGGAAAGUUUGGAAUCGCAGCUGCUUUUGCUUCAGUGUAUCUUUUAUCAGCAGAAAUAUUCCCAACAGUUGUUAGAGCAAACGGCUUAGGUGUUGCGUCAGUGUCGGCCCGCAUUGGUGGCAUAAUUGCACCCUUUAUACUUCAGCUGUCAGCCUAUAUAAAAUGGCUUCCUCUAAGUAUUUACGGUGUCCUUUCAGUUAUGUCCGGCAUGCUGUUGCUCUUACUGCCAGAACCAAAGGAUAAAGACUUGCCGCAAACAUUUGAAGAUCUGGAAAACUGGGAGACCUGAUAAUGAGAUAAUACACGAAGUAGUUACAGUGAUAACAUAAUAGGGAAUAGUUUGUUUGAUUAAAUAUGC